AUGAAUUGCCCUUCACGCACCGACGAGGACCUUGUCCACCCUGGCUGGAACCAGAACCCGCCAUUUCUACCCUCUGAUCUGACCAAGAGAGAAGAUCUCAAUGGCCGUGUCAAUGACAGACAGUACCGAGAUGGACGAGAUCUGUCGUCUUCGUCUCUUGCUUGCCCUGGGGGAGCGUUCGAGUCGCAUGAUAUGACUGUGGAAGCAACACCGUCACCGGCAAGCCUCCCCUUCGCAGAUGCAAAACUCGCUCGUUAUCGAGAAGAAUUUUGCUCUGCUACCAAAGAGACUCCGUCUACCGUCCGUGGCUUAACCGCCCAGACUCACCCAUUCAAACGGUGGUUUGUACGAUACCAAAGUUAUUUUUGGUGGAUGGCAGCUACCAUUGCUACUACGCUUGUAGUAUACCAUAUAGGGGCCAUGUUUCGAACACAUUCCCCUUCAAAAGUUCCCAUGAAAAAAGCAAAACGAGCUUCGACAUGUGGAAGCGGCGGUGUGGAUGCUGCAGAGUAUAACCUGCCUCUCCAUGUCAUCGCACUUUUCAUCAUCAUGUUUGUAUCGUCUUUUGCCUGCGGUUUCCCCAUGCUGGUGCUCAAGUACCCGCGUCUGCACAUUCCACAGUCCUUCUUAUUCGCCGUCAGACAUUUUGGAACCGGUGUCUUGAUCGCCACCGCUUUCGUGCAUCUACUGCCAACAGCGUUUACUUCUCUCGGUAACCCCUGCUUGUCAGGUUUCUGGACGAGUGAAUAUCCUGCGAUGCCAGGUGCUAUUGCACUUGCCGCGGUUUUUCUAGUGGCCAUCAUAGAAAUGGUAUUCAGCCCCGCUCAGCAUGUGUGCGGAGGAACUAGCGACAUAGAACGAAUUGUUUGUAGCGAUAAAUCGUUAGGUGGACCGCACCCCGGUAGUGAUAAUGGCCACGACUCGAAACUUAUGGAUACCCCAAACCUAACUCGAAGUCUUAGCCGCCACGAAGAGGAACUGCCGGUAGAAAGAGCCUCCAGUAUAAGGCCUGAGUUGCCCUCAGCGCAGGGAGCUAAUGUCGACCAUACCCAGGGCGGAUCCGGUGAAUUCGUUCCAAUCAUUCUAAGCCCGGAGCAAAGGCGGCAAAAGGCGUUCAUGCAAUGCAUCCUUUUGGAAAUUGGAAUUUUAUUCCAUAGUGUCUUUAUUGGAAUGGCAUUGAGCGUGUCUGUUGGGAGUAGUUUCGUCGUACUACUAAUUGCAAUUGCUUUUCACCAAAGCUUCGAGGGGCUCGCUCUCGGUUCUCGUAUUGCCUCUCUGGACUGGGAACCCAACGCUAUACAGCCCUGGCUGAUGGCGAUGGCGUAUGGUUGCACAACACCAGCCGGUCAAGCUCUCGGUUUAGCUACCCACAGUUUGUACUCUCCUGACUCCGAAGUUGGGCUCGUCAUGGUUGGCACUAUGAAUGCCAUAUCAUCUGGUCUGCUUGUCUAUGCUUCUCUUGUUGAGCUCUUAGCUGAAGAUUUCCUCAGUGAUGAGAGCUGGCGAAUUUUGAGAGGAAAGCGUCGUGUGUAUGCCUGCAUUCUUGUGUUUCUUGGUGCGUUUGGUAUGAGCUUGGUAGGAGCAUGGGCUUGA